AUGGAUUCCUACCCCCCAGGCCUGGCGGAUGACUCUCAGCUGGAUGAUCAUAAUGCUGCUCUCGGCAGAGCUCGACCACGUCGGCACGAUGACGAAGAUGAAGGAUCGGAUAUCCUAGAAGAUGACGACUUGGAGAGCACUAUCGGAGGUCCCGCCAACGGAAACCAGAAAAGCCAGGGAUAUGCGGAGGAAGAGAAGGAGCUCCCUGCUCAUGCAUGCGCGUACUGUGGCAUUCAUAACCCUAGCAGUGUUGUGAAAUGUCUUUCUUGCAACAAAUGGUUCUGUAGCGCUCGCGGCAACACCUCCUCUUCUCACAUCGUCAAUCACCUUGUUCGUGCUCGUCACAAGGAAGUUCAACUUCACGCGGAUUCUUCCCUUGGUGAUACCAUCCUCGAAUGUUACAACUGCGGUACCAAGAAUGUUUUCCUGCUCGGCUUCAUCCCUGCGAAAUCCGACACGGUCGUCGUUCUUCUCUGUCGUCAGCCAUGUGCGGCCAUGCCGUCUUCUAAGGAUAUGAACUGGGAUACCUCGCGCUGGCAGCCACUUAUCGAGGACCGCUCUUUCUUGCCCUGGCUUGUGGGCGCGCCCACUGAUCAAGAACAACUCCGCGCUCGCCACCUCAGCCCUCAACUGAUCGCGAAGCUGGAGGAAAUGUGGAAAGAGAACUCCCAAGCGACCCUGGAUGAUUUGGAGAAGGCUACAGCCGUUGACGAUGAGCCCGCCCCGGUCCUCCUGCGUUACGAUGAUGCUUACCAGUAUCAAAAUAUCUUCGGUCCUCUCGUCAAGAUCGAGGCUGAUUACGACCGCAAGCUCAAGGAAUCCCAGUCCCAAGAUGGCCUUAUUGUUCGUUGGGAUCUUGGUCUUAACAACAAGCACCUUGCUAGUUUUGUUCUUCCCAAACUUGAACUAGGAGACGUAAAGUUGGCAGUUGGCGAUGAGAUGCGCUUGAAGUACACUGGGGAAUUGCGAUCCAAGUGGGAAGGCGUUGGCUACGUUAUCAAAAUCCCAAACAACCAGUCCGACGAAGUCACUAUCGAAUUGCGCUCCAAAGGCGAUCACAAAUCAGUACCCACGGAGUGCACACACAACUUCACCGCCGAUUAUGUCUGGAAGUCGACUUCAUUCGACCGCAUGCAGCUCGCUAUGAAGACAUUUGCUGUCGAUGAAAUGAGUGUUUCGGGUUACAUCUUCCACCGUCUCCUUGGUCACGAGGUUGCGGCUGCCCCAAUGAAGACUCAAAUUCCCAAGAAAUUCAGCGUUCCUGGUCUCCCAGAUCUGAACGGCAGUCAAAUCAAUGCCGUCAAGAGCGUGCUUCAGCGGCCUUUGAGUUUGAUUCAGGGCCCUCCCGGAACUGGUAAGACUGUCACUUCCGCCACAAUCAUUUACCAUCUAGCCAAGAUCAAUGGAGGUACGGUAUUGGUGUGUGCUCCAUCCAACGUUGCCGUGGACCAGCUUUGUGAGCGUAUCCACCGAACCGGUCUGAAGACCGUGCGUGUGACUGCCAAGUCUCGAGAGGACGUGGAAUCCCCUGUCGGAUUCCUCUCUUUGCAUGAGCAAGUUCGCCUGAACGAUAGCAACAUUGAAUUGCGGAGCGGGGAAAUUUUGAACAACGCGGAUGUCAUCUGCUGUACUUGCGUUGGUGCAGGUGAUCCCCGUCUUGCCAAGUUCAAAUUCCGAACUGUUUUGAUCGACGAGUCGACUCAAUCUGCUGAACCAGAGUGUAUGAUUCCGCUAGUCCUGGGCUGUAAGCAAGUCGUUCUGGUCGGUGAUCACCAGCAGCUUGGCCCUGUGAUCAUGAACAAGAAGGCAGCCAAGGCUGGACUGAACCAAUCUCUCUUUGAGCGCCUGGUCAUCCUUGGUUGCUCGCCUAUCCGACUGAAUGUCCAGUAUCGUAUGCACCCAGGUCUUUCCGAGUUCCCUUCGAACAUGUUCUACGAGGGUUCUUUGCAAAACGGUAUUACCGUCCAUGAUCGCCUUCGUCGUGAUGUUGACUUCCCCUGGCCCAUGAUGGACAACCCGAUGAUGUUCUGGUCAAACUUGGGCAACGAGGAAAUCUCGGCAUCAGGAACCUCCUACCUUAACCGUACUGAGGCAACAAAUGUCGAGAAGAUUGUCACCCGCUUCUUCAAGGCAGGUGUGCAGCCUAAGAGUAUCGGUAUCAUUACUCCAUAUGAAGGCCAACGAAGCUAUAUCGUAAGCUCGAUGCAGGCGAACGGAACGUUCAAGAAGGAGAACUACAAGGAAAUCGAAGCUGCUUCGGUUGAUGCAUUCCAGGGCCGGGAGAAAGACUACAUCAUUCUUUCUUGCGUGCGUUCCAAUGACCAUCAGGGCAUUGGUUUCUUGAGUGACCCCCGUCGUCUCAAUGUCGCGCUUACACGAGCCCGAUACGGCUUGGUCAUCUUGGGUAACCCGAAGGUGCUCUCCAAGCAUCCUUUAUGGAACAACCUUCUACAGCAUUUCAAGGAGCAGCACUGCCUGGUGGAGGGACCUCUGUCAAACUUGCAGGAAUCGUUGAUUCAAUUCAGCCGGCCUAAGCAGGCCUACCGUGGCCCUCAGCGUUUCCAAAUGCCCUUCAGCCAAGCCUCCAACGCCAACAAUGCCCCUGUCAAUGGCCGCAAUGGUCAUCGCAACGAGUAUCAUGAUUCUGGCUCCGUUGUCGGCUAUAUCCCUGACGAUGUUUCUUCUGUCCACGGUUCUACCCUAGGCGGAGUUGGCCUGCCUUCUGGAUAUCCUCCGAUGUUCCAGAACUUCGCCGACCAGUGGCCGACGCUAUCGGGCCGUCGAGCUAAUGGCGGCCGGCCCAAGGGCGCCCCCAGCGUUGCUGGAGAGUCCGUGGCUGCUACGGAAUCUGAUGUUACUGGAAGCAUUGUCGAUGGAAGGAGCGCUGACCAAGGUGGAGUGAGCCUGACAGGCUUGAGUAUCAAUGAUAUGAGCAAGCAGCCCAGUCUAAGCCAGUCCGAUCGUCUGAAGCGCUACGUGGAAUCUGGUGGACGUGAGCCCUAUCGUGUUGGUGUUCCAGACAACGGUAGUAUCUUCGGAGGUAGCUCUGCCAGCAUUCGCGUCACUCGCCCGGGUGUCAACGUUCACGAUGACGAUGACGCUCGCAGUGUCUCUACUGCCUUUGCUAGCCAGGUUGGUGGCAACUAUGACUGA